GUGAUGUUAAUUAUUUAUGAAUGUGACGAGGAGAGGCGUGUUAAUGUUGUCACGGCAGCACUGUGAUGUGAUGUGACACUGACUGGUUGGUUGAAGUUUUGAACAACUACACUACACUUCACUCUCUACUCUCAAGUCUCAAGUCUCAAGUCUCAAUUCAACUACUAGAUAGCAAUUAGAUUAUGAAUAUGAAUAUGAUGAUGAAGAGAAUCAUUACAAUUAGAAAUCCAAGGGCUGAAAAUGAUGCUGAAAAUAACAAGCUCUCUCUCUCACCCUCAGAUUUGGAAAUCGUUACCGACAAAUGUGCAGCUUCCUCCUCCUCCCCUCUCACUUUGAUGCGUUUAAUGGGUUUCUUCGUCGUUUCAUUCAUGCUCUUCUCUGUACUCUUCUCACUCUCCGUUGUUCUUCGAGAUCCUCCUUCUGAUGCUGCCCUCCGAGAACUACCCUCAUCUACAACUACUCUCUUCCAAUUCAAACAAGGUUUGGACAGUUAUGCCUCUGAUUCUGUGGACUUGCUAAAUGAUAAACUGCUUGGUGGCCUUCUAGCUGAUGGGUUUGAUGAAAAAUCUUGUCUCAGCAGGUAUCAGUCGGCCACGCUCCACAAAGGACUAUCAGGAAAACCUUCUUCUUACCUUAUUUCUAGAUUGAAAAAAUAUGAAGCUCGACACAGAGAAUGUGGACCUUAUACUGAAUCCUAUAACAAGACGGUGAAAGAACUCGCCUCUGGCCAAUUUUCGGAGUCCUCAGCUUGUAAAUAUGUAGUAUGGAUUUCAUUUAGUGGGUUGGGGAAUAGGAUAUUGACCCUAGCUUCUGCAUUUCUUUAUGCUCUCCUCACGGACCGUGUUCUACUGGUUGACCCUGGAGUGGAUAUGGUUGAUCUCUUUUGCGAACCAUUUCCAGAUGCUUCUUGGUUUGUCCCUCCCGAUUUUCCUCUUAACAGUCAAUUGAAUAAUUUCAACCAGGACUCAAAUCAAUGUCAUGGGAAAAUGCUGAAAACUAAAUCAAUCACAAAUUCCACAGUGCCAUCUUCUGUUUAUCUUCAUUUAGUCCAUGAUUAUGAUGAUAAUGACAAGCUUUUCUUCUGCGAUGAAGAGCAACAUUUUCUCCAGAAAGUACCUUGGUUAAUAAUGAAAACAGAUAAUUACUUCGUUCCGUCUUUGUUUUUGAUGCCAUCUUUUGAGCAGGAACUGAAUAAUCUUUUCCCAAAGAAGGACAAAGUUUUCCAUUUCUUAGGUAGAUAUCUGUUCCACCCCACAAACAAUGUGUGGGGACUUGUUGUCAGAUACUAUCAUGCAUAUUUAGCUAAAGCUGAUGAAAGAGUAGGCAUACAAAUCAGAGUGUUUGACACCGAACCUGGUCCAUUUCCACAUGUAUUGGAUCAGAUCUUAGCUUGUACUUUGAAUCAGAAUAUUUUGCCCGAUGUUAACCGGGAGCAGAACGUUAAUAGUUCAGCAGGAACACCAAAGUCAAAAGCUAUACUAAUGACAUCCUUAAGCUCUGGUUACUUUGAAAAGGUAAGAGACAUGUAUUGGGAAUAUCCUACAAUGACAGGAGAAGUGGUUGGCAUUUACCAACCAAGCCAUGAAGGAUAUCAACAAACACAGAAGCAGAUUCACAACCAAAAAGCUUGGGCAGAAAUGUAUCUCUUAAGCUUAACUGAUGUGUUGGUUACUAGCUCAUGGUCUACUUUCGGCUACGUGGCUCAGGGACUUGGAGGUUUAAAACCAUGGAUACUCUACAAACCUGAGAAUCGAACAGCCCCGAAUCCUCCUUGUCAACGGGCCAUGUCAAUGGAGCCAUGUUUUCAUGCUCCUCCCUUCUAUGACUGCAAGGCUAAAAGAGGAACCGACACCGGUGCACUUGUUCCACAUGUAAGGCAUUGUGAGGAUAUGAGUUGGGGCCUUAAGCUUGUAGACAGUUAAUUUUACUUAGCCAGCUAUGACUUAUGCUACUGUACUGCCAAACUCACUAAGUUUUGCAAAUUUUGUUGUACAAUAGAAUGAGUAAUUUCCUCAAAUAUCUUUUUGUCCCAAAGAA